AUGUCCCGCCUCUUGGGCUGUCCUAUCUCGUGACAAGCAGCCAAAGCAGAGAAGAUAUCAGCCACGAACUGACCCGGACGCCGGUGCCAACCUCCUACCGACACCGUGACGUGUCUGCGUGGGACUGAGUGGCAGUUCGACAUGGAGACCAGGCAACAAGAAUUUCUUGACUCUGAACCCCUGAGGGAAGCAGAUAAACACGCGUCGGACCUCAACCUUAGCAGCUCUAUCCUGACUGAGGAGGAGCGAGAGGAGAUCCAAUUGGAAUUAGCCAAACUGGAAGAUGAGAUAAGCACGCUGAAGCAGGUGCUGGCGUCCAAAGAGAAGCGGUACGCCGAGCUGAAGCACAAACUGGGCAUCACUCCUCUCAGCGAGCUACGCAGCAACUUGAGUCAAGGAUGGACGGACAUGCAGAGCUCCACCGCAUACAAAAGAACAUCAGAGACACUGAGCUCGGCGGGUCAGAAGACCACAGCGGCUUUCAGCACACUGGGCAGCGCCAUCAACAGGAAGUUUGGAGACAUAAGCAUGGCUGGGCUACAGUUACUAUUUCCUAGGAGCUACUCCAUCUCACACUCCAUGAGCAUGCCUGCCAUGAGAAACUCACCCAGCUUCAGGUCUUUCGAGGAGAAAGUUGAGAGUACGGUGUCGAGCAUCAAAACUAAAGUUGGAGGUCCCGUGGCAGGAGGAAGCUUCGACGAUGUCCUCUCCUCCACGGCGAAGGCCAGCUCACAAGACACGCCCACAAACAACUUGACGGACACACCUGAGAGGUCGCAGUAGUAGACUGUGUUUGUGUCAUUUCGUGGGAUCAUGUUACAGUAUAUUGAAAUACACUUUGUGAUUGGUUUGGCAAAUCAGUACAUCAUACAGUACUCAAUAGUUCUCGCCACUAAUUCACUUUACUGUGGUCACUUCCUUCACUUUAUUUUGAACAGGAACAAUAAAUGUAUUGCGCAACAUUUAUCGGCUGAUAUUUUCAAACAUUGAUGUUUUUUUUUUUUGCGGGAUUCCCAUAACUGCCACGAUAAGAAAGAAAAUCUAAUUGAGCACUCCAGGCUAAUUUAAUAAUGCUAAAGGGGAAAGAUAGAUGUAGACAAUGUUUUUGGUCAAAGUAAUAACGCUAAUUUCAAAUUGAGACAGAAUAUAUUUUAUUAAAUUUUUGUAACAGAAUAAAAAAAUAAUAAUUCUUGGCUUGAUAAAUGUUAUACAUUGGGUAGAUUUUUAAGGGGAACAACAACUUGUUUUUACCUGUGAUCAAACUUACAAUCCAGUUUUCAGCCUGCUUGAAGUUAUCUCUGUCUUUAAUAUUGUUUGUCGUAGUUGAAACGUUAACACAAUGAACAGAUCUUAUGUUGAGCUACACUCAAGUACAUCUCAGAUCCCGUUUUAUAAUAAAACAUUUUUUAAAAACGA